AAUUCCCAGGAUUCCUUGAGAGGACACCAUUUUCUGAGUUCCCUGGGAAGAGGGAUUGAUUGCUAAACCACUUUAUCAGAUGUGCAGAAUUAUCCUAAAUUGGCCAAGUCUUUAGGAAGCCAGCAUGGUUAAUCCAGUAGCUGUAGUUUUGGGAGGUGCAGCUGGCUUGGCAGUGGCCACAAUUGGUGUCCCAGUAGCACUGGGAGCAGCAGGCUUCACUGCAGCUGGAAUUCUAACUGGCUCUCUGGCUGCAAAAAUGAUGUCGGCAGCGGCCAUUGCCAAUGGAGGAGGAGUAGCAGCUUGGAGCGCUGUUGCCGCGCUUCAGUCAGUCGGUGCUGCUGGGCUGUCCACCGCUACCACAGCUGCAGUGACAGCUGGUGGAGCACUGCUGGCUGCCAUCUUCACUUAAGAAGAAGACACACAUACGCAGAGGCCAUAUCUACUUGGAAAAGCAGUACUUGGAAAAUUAUGCUUUGCCAUCAAAGGCAUAAAUGACCUUCAGUAAAAUGUGAUUUUAAUCAAUGCUACGUUAUUCCUACUGGCCGAGAUAUGCAACAACAAAUAAAGCUUUGAGAAUUCAACAA